UCGUUAGAUUUUACAUAAUUAAAGUUCGGUAAUAGUGGAAGAAAAAUGAAAUAUCUUACUGUUUAUCUUUCUGUAUGCUUUGUCAAGAUUAUGAAUGUGUUUGCAAUCGAAGAUAGCCAACACUGGCAUAAAUUAGCAAACAAAGAACUGGAAGAAUCUCUUUUAUAUGCUUGGAAUUUAAAAAAAGCGAAAAACGUGAUUCUGUUUGUGGGGGACGGUAUGAGUCCUGAUACUAUAACGGCUAGCAGAAUUUAUCAUGGUGGUGAAACCAGUCGACUUGCCUGGGAGCAUUUUCCUCAUGUUGGGAUACUAAAGACAUAUACUACGAAUCAACAAGUCCCUGACUCAGCUUCCUCCGCCACCGCUCUCUUCGGGGGAGUCAAGACGAAUUACGAAGUUGUAGGAGUAGACGCAAACGUGCAAUUAGAUGAUUGCGAGGCAAGCUUGAAUGCGAAUUAUCACGUGAAUUCAUUUAUAAAAUGGGCCCAAGCAGCUGGUAAAGCCACAGGUUUCGUAACAAAUACUAGAGUUACUCACGCAACUCCGGCGCCGCUUUAUGCUCACUCUGCAAAUCGAAGAUGGGAAUGCGAAUCAAAAAUGCCUAAAAACGCUACUAGCUGCAAAGAUAUCGCCAGACAAUUAGUGGAGAAUGAUCCGGGGAAAAAUAUUCGAGUAAUUAUGGGCGGUGGUAGACAGGUAAUGAAAUCCAAUGUGAAGAGCGCGGGCGAAUUUGAUCCGAUAGAUACGUGGGCUUGCUACAGACAAGACGGUCGUGAUCUUAUUGAUGAAUGGAUGAAAGAUAAAUCUAAUAGAAACUUAGCUUAUAAAGUUGUGCAAAACAAUGAAGAAUUGUCCCGGAUCGAUAUUAAUAACGUAGAUUACCUGCUAGGUAUUUUUGCCAAUGGUCAUAUUACGAUGGACUGGAAGCGAGAACGAGGUCCAAAGGGACAACCGAGCUUGGAAGAAAUGACUAUGAUGGCUUUACGAAUUUUACAAAAAUCCAAAGAAGGAUAUUUUUUAAUGGUAGAAGGCGGUCUAAUUGACUUUGCUCAUCAUCGCGGUCAUGCUGCUCAAGCACUGCUAGAAACUGUCAGAUUUUCGGACGCUAUUAACGCCACUCUUGGAAUAAUCGAUUCCGAUGACACUCUCGUUAUAGUCACAAGUGAUCACACACAGUCAAUGAUCUUCAAUGGAUACAGUUCUCGAGGUUCAUCCAUUUUGGGAAUUGCUCAAAAAUCUAAGUACGACGGGAUACCAUACACGACGUUAUCUUAUAGUACGGGUGGACCAAACAAUGUCGCUUACAUCGUAGGCGAUGAUGGUCAAGCCAAGAGAAUCGAUCCAUUCAAAUCGAACACUAGCGAUUUUACUUAUAGCCAACAAGCUACAAUCAUAUCGGAUGAAGCUCACCACGGCGGUGGAGACGUAGCUGUAUACGCUAUAGGACCGUAUGCGCAUCUCUUCCAUAGCGUGCACGAACAAAACUAUGUUGCACACGUUAUCGCAUAUGCCGCAGGGAUCGGCGAGUAUUCUAAUAACGCCGGAAUAUCGCAUUGCAAUCUGAACCCAGUUGUUUUAUAUGGUAGUCUAAUCUCGUUAACUUUAAUAGCGUAUAAAAAUAGCGUAUAUAAAUAAAUCAGCGAAGAGUUAAUAAAAGUAUUAUCAAUUUUUUUUAUUUUCUAUAAAAAACAGUAUCGAUAGGAUCGCUUAAGGCGUGAAUCUCUACGCAUAAAGUAACUCUUAUCAUGUGUAAUUAAGUGGUAUUGCAAGUGUUUGUGAGCAAUCACUUGUACCCACACCAUCACAGAUUCGAUUAACUUUUAAUGGACACAUUAGGGUCCUAUAUCCGUUUCGUUUUGUCGCAACAAAUCGAGAGAGAGACAAUUUUACAAAUCCACCUUUCAUUAUAUAAUAUAUACAUAUAUCAUUCGCGCACGUUUAUUUACAAAUAUAUAUGUUAAAAAAUAAUUCUCAGUCUUAUACUGCAGAGGAUAAAGACACUCGCAAUACUUGCGUCGUGAAGUCAUAGAAUGCAAGCAGUCCUCCGAUCAGAUUACGCUUGAGAACAAUCAAGAUUAUGCUUCUGCUUAGAAAAAUAUUAUUUCAUUUAUACAUUAUAUAGCUUAUAAAAAUGUCUUCUUUACGAUGUAGUUUAUACAUUUACACGAUUCCAGCUUAAUGAUUUUAACAACGUACAAAAAAAGGAAGAAUACAUGUAUAAAACCAAUGAUCGGAAACGUUACAUGUGAAAAAUAAAAGGCUACAUCAAGAUGAAAAAGACUAUGGAGGUUUUAUCAAUGCGAACGCGUUAAUAUAUGUUAAUGUCCUGUCGAUCGUGUACGGAAC